AUGACUCAAGGCAACUUCCAUCAUCGACGCACACCCUCGGGUUCGAAUACCACUAAAGUGAGAACCUCCCGGCCGGCACUACAUCGGAGAGGCACUUCCUUCGUCACCCAUUCCAUCUCAAAGUUGGGCUCUGGACAACCCACCAAGCAUCUGGAGGUGGAAGACGACCGGCAACCCGAGAUGGCGGCCAGCUUCCUCAACUUCUGCGCCAUGUGCGAAAGACAGAUAACAGUGCCUGACAACACUCUUUUGUACUGCAGUGAAAGCUGCCGUCGCAAGGACUCCCACAAACCACUCUCAGCUUCCUUCCCAUCGACGUCCUCCAUGUCUUCCUCUUCUACGCCCCCAACCUCUCCCCUCAUGUCGCCUCGGAUGAUAGUCGCACCUUUGACUCCGACGAAGAGUUCCACCAGAUUGUCUAGCUCUGCCCGGAUACCCGGCGAAUGGCUUGAUGCCAAGCCGGAUCAGGAUCCCACCGAAUGGAAGCCUGUAAUACCUAUGGGUACUGGCACUACUUCAUUGGCAACAUCAGACGCGUGGAAGUAUCUGUCCCAGUUCCACAACGAAGACAGCGGUGCUCCUCUGCGUCGCCCAGGAUUCGGCCAUCGUAGCUCUGCGAGCCUGAGUACUCUCAUGAGUGCCACGGGACCUGCUCCCUCGCUUACCCAUACACCGUCUACGGUCGCGUCGUCAUUCAGCAGCAAUGCCUCGGAUUACGUGGGUCAGAUGCAUGAUCCGGUAUAUCGUCCGUUGCCGCCGCGUCACAAUCCGCAUACUUGCAGUUCGAGUGCAACCAAAGGGGUUGAGCUGGUAGUCCCUCAUGUCCAUGUCCAGGCUGAGGGCGUCUCCCUCGUUGACAUGUCCGAUGAAGGCUCUAUCUUUCCUGCCAGCAGUGCACUGUGGAAUGAGAAGCCUCUCAGCAAGACAUCUACUUUGACUACGACCUUGGAUGCAGUGAGCUCCAAUGUGCCCAUGCGCUCUGUCUGA